AUGCUUGGCCCCGGAGCCGUUGUGGUUGGUGCUGCUGCGGCAGCCGCGGGGAUCCGAAAAGGGAAGGCCGCAAAGAGGGGCGUGCAGCUCCGCGCAUCCCCGCAAGAGAUCAUGCUGAAGGGCGGCAUGGGUUCCGUCGGUGGAGGCACCGGAGCGGGAUCCUUCACCGCAUCGUCUGGCUCUUCGUCCAGCUCAGCUCAGUCCGCUUCCGUGUCGACGACAGACCUCGGCGUGCAAGCGCCUGUGGGAUUUUGGGACCCCUUGGGCUUGAGCAAGGGUGCCGAUGCAGCCACGUUCAACCGACGCAGGGCGGUGGAGAUCAAGCACGGCAGAGUUGCCAUGUAUGCAACUAUGGGAUAUAUUGUUCCGGAGUACUACAAGUUCCCAGGCUAUCUUAGCCCCAGCCUCGGAUUGAAGUUCAGCGACGUCCCAAACGGCUUGGCUGCCAUCUCCAAGGUGCUCGGCUGGCUGCAGAUCCUCUGGUUCAUUGGCCUCAUUGAGGGCUCCGGAUUCUUCUCCGGCAAGUACGGCUUGGGCUUCAUGAAGGAUGCCACUAUGGCAGGAACGCCGGGUGACUACGGCGUGGGAUUCCCUACUUUCCUGGGCAAG